CGCCUGAACCUCUGUAAGCGUAGCGAAUUUUUCCUGCUAGUCUCGAAAAGUGUGAAAGUUGCGAAGUGUAUUGAAACGGAACACUUUUAUAGCUCGCGGUCAUUUCAAAAAGUGGACUAAAAAUAAUUUCACCAUGGCAUAUCAAGGACCAGCGUAUGGUCUUAGCCGGGACUGUAUGCUAAAGGCUCAAGCAAAAUUUGACUUAAAGCAAGCCCUUGUUGCUCUAGAUUGGAUCAGAGAUGUCACAAAGUUAAAUCUUGACCCUCGGAAUCAUGAUGGUGGCGUAAAAGAUCAGUUUGAUUUUGCAGAUGUGUUAAAAGAUGGAACAGCAUUGUGCACAUUGAUAAACAAAUUAUUACCCGGAGCUGUUCCGAAGAUAAAUACAAUGAAAGCUCCUUUCAAAGAGCGGGAAAAUCUAGAAAUGUUUUUAAAAGGUUGUGAAGCAUAUGGUUUGAAAAGGCAUGAUCUUUUUCAAGUAAAUGACUUAUAUGAAAGGAAAAACUUAUAUACAGUUGUCAAUUGUAUAUUUGCAUUAGGUGGAAUGGCAAAGAAAAAAGGAUAUGAAGGUCCCACAAUUGGUGUGAAAGUUGCAGAUGAAAAUAAAAGACUAUUUACAAAAGAAAUGUUGGAGAUGGGGAAAACUAUUAUAGGUUUGCAAUCUGGAUCAAAUCAAGGAGCGUCUCAGCGAGGAAUGACUCCAUAUGGUGCUCCUAGGCAAAUACUGCCAGAUGGCAGGUGAACAUUUAAUAAAUUUGUUUGUAUAUGUUGCCAUCUGAUGCCUUUUUGUGUCAGCCAAAGGCUUUUAUUCCUAAUUGUCAUUUUGCCCUUUUUUUUGACCGUCUAAAAUUCAUAUUGUUCUAUAGAUCUUGAUAUUCCAUUGUGAUAUUUUGUUCCUGAGUUAUAUUCCAUCAGUGUAACUUGAGAUGUUUUAAAAUUAGUUUUAUUAUUUUAUACAUUCUAUAAAUCAUUUUUCACUUCUGUAUCUAUUUAAUCUAAAAUUCAUAAGGACAGUACAAUACACCUUAAUAGCAGCUGUUUGCAGUGAUUUAAUAUAUUUGUUAAAAUGUGGAGCAUACAUAUGACAUAUUUUGUAUACUUCUCAAAUUAAAUAUCUUCCAUUCUUAAAUUUGGUGAUUAUAUAAAAUAUUUUUAUCAGGCCCCAAACUUCAUUUUAUUUAUUAUUUUUUAAGUGUUAUGAAAUUGUGUUUCAAAUAUUCUUUGGUAGCUUUGAAACCUCAAUACCUUUAAUAUUGUGCAUUUAUAAAUACCUUUAAUAUAAGUGCAUUUAUAAAGUUACAUACAUAAAUUAUACUAUACAUGUAUUCACAUUCAGUCAUAUUGGAGAUGAUUUUGAAGACUGAUUUUUGCAUUUAUGUUGAUUUGCUGUAAACUUUGUUAGUAAAUAUAUCAGACUGUGUUUAAAAAUGUGUACAAUGUGAAAUGUUGCCAAAUUUCUAUGAAUAUAAAAACUUGUACAUUUUUUAUCAAUAAAAUAUGCAAAAAGUUUUAUUUUAUAUUCUUGCAUUAAAUGUUUGGGAAGAGAAACCUUUAUUCGUAAAUGAUGCAAGUUAUAAAAGAACUGUAUUUCAAAGCUGCUAGUGAUCAGAAAAUUGUGAAAUUUUGUGGUGGACAAGGAAUGAGAAUUUCUUUCAGUGAAAAAAAAAAAAAAUUAUACAUACAGCCAUACCUUUACAAAUUUUGUUACAAAAAACAUGUUUCACAUGAUGGCCAGCAUUUUCAGCUACCAUCUGAAAUCUCAAGAUGACAUGUUCUACAGUUGACAAAGUGCAUGCUGGGAAAUGUUCAGCAUGUAACGUAAAAUGCUGGCUUUAAGAUCAGGUAGAGUUCUUGGAUUGUCACAACUUAGAAGAUAGAAGAUGUUUCAAAUUUCUCCAAAUCCAAAAAUCGCAUGGUUUGAGGUCUAAGGAUUGGGGAGGCCACACAUUAUGAAAGUGCAGGCUAAUUAACUUAUUUUUCUGUAAAAUGACAUUUAAGAACAUUCGUAACACACUGUGUAAUAUGUAAUGGAGCUCCAAAUUGCAUAAAGAUUGUGCUUGGAGAGACACAACAAUUUUGUUCUCUAACAUAAUGCAUUGGACUUGUGGAACUCUUCGAAAAAGUAUGGGCUGAGAAUAAAUGAUGCAGAAAAUCCAUACCAUACUGUCACUUUUGGUGAGCGCAAUGGAACCUCUAAAACAGGGCAUGGAUUUUCUGAUUCCCAAAUUUGGCAGUUGUGAAUAUUCACUGCACUGUCCAAAUGAAAAUGCACUUUGCCUGUCCAGAGGAUAGUGCAGGGCCAUUCUGAAUUGACUUCAAAGUGAGCAAGAAGCUGGAGUCAAGCAUCAAAAUCAUAUGGAUGCAACCGCUGCAACUAAUGAAAAUUUAUCAAGGUCAUAUUGGAGGAUAUUCUGAAAGAUCCUGUGGACAGUUGAACAUGGUCUAUCCAGUACCUGUGCUAUACGCCAGACACUGGUGUCCUCGACUACCUGAAGUGCAACCUCCUGUACUGCUUCUGGCGAAACAGGUUUCCUUCCUCUUCCAGGAUGAACAGAAAAUGACCCUGUUUCUUCAAAUUUCGUUAUCAUUUUCUGAAGGUUUUUAACAUUCAUUGGACCUCCUAGAAUCCCCUUUAAAGUCCAAAAUUUCCGUAGAGCAACUACUGUUUUGGUAGAAUAAUUUUGCUAACAAAGUGUAUCUCGUGAACUUAAGUGACAUUGUGAGCAACAAGCACACUGAAAACAAAGUCUCGGAGAGUGUUUUUAGGUUUUAUAACAGCUGCUCCAUGAUGUCAACAAAAAUUUAAUUUUUACUACAGGUUUCUGAAAAUAAAAUGCGUAUUGGUGAUGCUAUUUCUAACUAUUUUUUUUUUUUUUUUUUUAACCCUGCUGAAAGGAAUUCUCAUUUCAUUAACAUGUUGACGGUGGUGUAGAUAUUCAUUCUUUUUUUUUUUUUUUUUUUUUUUUUUUGUGCAGCGGCGCUUGAAUUAGCAGUCCGUCCAUUUUGUGAAUCCCCUUAGUGAAGUAAUAAUAACAAAAAAAAAAAAAUUUUUUUUAAUUCAUAUGAAGGAUCCGCGAGGAAGUUGAGAAAGAAACGCAAAGAAUGCUAUAAAUGCAUAGCAAGUCUAAAAGGUACUCAGUACAUCCCGAAUAGAGCAAAGAAAGUAACAACAUAUUGUGAUAACUGCAAGGGCAAGCUGGCAGUUUGUUUAGCUUGCUUUAAAAAAUUGCAUAGAAAAAAAUUAUAUUUUAUUUAUAAGUUAGAUUUCAAGCUAUUUCUUCUGUAUUGAAUGUUUGGUUGAAAUGUUAAUGUAUACUGUUGAAUAAUUAAAAUAAAAUUUUAUACUGCA